CAGGACUUCUACAUUGCUCCGUCUAUUAACCCUCUCUGCCUGGACACCUGCCACUGCCACUGACCCCCACUACAAUCAAUUGGUAACUCGUUCGCAAGUUACGUCUUGCUAACCACCUGGCAGCUCCUCCAGAAUGAUUGCCAAAUAUUUUCUUCCGGCUGUCGCCGUCAUCGGCUCUGCCGCUGCCCAAAACCAAUGCACGAAGGCCACGGCCACCAUCGCUUCCCAGGCGGAGGCUACGCAGCUGUCGGAAUGCAGUACCUUUAAGGGAUCCAUCCUGCUGAACACGGCGGCCCCAGGAGACAUCGAUAUCUCGGGCAUCCAGAGAAUCACCGGCGAUCUUAUCUGCGAGAACAACGGUGCAAUUACCAGCCUCCAGAGCACGUCUCUCACGUCCAUCGAUGGUGCCUUCACGUUGACCAACCUGACUCUCUUGUCCAACCUCGGGUUCCAGGCCUUGAACAGCGUCGGCAGCAUCGGCUGGAGGUCGCUUCCUGCCCUUGGCCAGCUCAACUUUGGAGAUGUUGGCGUCACCACGGCCAAGACGGUCGAGAUCAGCGACACUUUCCUGAGCACCUUGGACGGUAUUGACCUCCGAACCGUUGAGACCCUGAACAUCAACAACAACAACCGCUUGACCGAGUUCACCAGCCAGCUCGGCAACCUGAGCAACAUCCUCAACAUCCAGGCCAAUGGACGUUUUCUGAAGGUUAACCUGCCGAACCUGAUCUGGAUCGCCAACAUGACUAUUGCCAACGUCUCGAGCUUCGAGGUGCCAUCGCUGCAGGUCGUCAACGGCUCUGCGCGGUUCGACUCGAACUUUUUCAGUUCGUUCUUUGCUCCUAACCUGACGGCGACGAAGUCUGGAGACGUCUCGUUCGUUGGCAAUGCCAACCUGACCAACAUCACGGCCCCGGUCAUGACCUCGAUUGGUGGUGGUCUCCUGAUUGCUAACAACACUGCCCUGUCGCGCAUCGACGGCUUCCCGAAGGUCAAGACCAUCUUCGGCGCGGUCAAACUUAGGGGCAACUUCACAUCUGUCGACUUCCCUGCGCUCAACGAUGUCCGUGGUGCCUUCGAUGUGUCCAGCACCAGUGAUAUCGACAAGUCUUGCGACAACUUCAAGACCCUUGCUCCUAGCAAGCAGGGUGGCGGCGGCCAGAUCCAGGGUACGUUCUCGUGCACUAGCAACAAUGAGAACGCCAACGAAGACACGGGCCGCAACACGACUGGUGGUGGCCGCGGUAAGGGCAAUGGUGACGGGAACGCAGCCGCUGGCCUCGGCAUCAACACUGCCAUCCUUAGCCUGGCCAUGGUUGGUGGUCUCGUUGCCCUGUUGUAAGGGAUGCCAUACCAGGCCUGUGCUGGGUCGCAUGCGAUAAAGUCAAUGGAAACCCGAGGGGCAGACUUCCCUCCACUGCCAUCGCCGUACACAGAUGCACUAUCACGUCGUUCCCUUUUAUUUUCCCCCGGGUUGAAGAGUUCGCCUAGACUGCUACUAUC